ACGAGCUUGUCAUAGAGCUAAGGGGUGUCACUCAGAAAGGGGGGUUGAGGAUCCUAUUCAAGCCUUACAACAGUCGCUGACUGAAGCCACAACUCUGUCGAGAAGUCGUUCCGUGCACACCGUUUUUUCUUCCACUCCUCGCACAGACGAUAUAUGUUUUUUGCUUUCAUUUUGGGUCAUCACUUUUGGUUGGAGUUCGAGUGCAACGCAUAAAUCAACGACGUCUGAAAUUCAAUGUGUCAUACUGCCGAAUACAGCUAACCUCCCAUCAUUCACUUCAGACGAUUAUUAUUAUUAACAGAGAAUUAUUUUGCUCAGUGACUGAUCAGGACACCAAACUCAUUGAUUCCAUAGGAGGCUAUUGGAGUCUGAGGACAUAUACUUUUUUAUCAUUAUUAUUUGCACACGCGUUAUCUUUCGUUCUAUGGACGUGGGAGGAACCUUUGGAUGACGCCAAAUGGUUUCUAGCAGCGCUCUUGAGAGUGACAACCCGAGGAAUGAAAAUCAGAACAGAGAUAAGGAAGGCAUUUUGAGUAUACACAUUGUAUAUACGGCAGGCGAUAAUACUCGCAUGUGAAUACAUAAGAAGUACAAGCGCCUCAUCAGUUUUGUUCGAAGCACCCUUAUUGAGGAGAGGAUCGGAAAUAUAGGCAAACAGAGAAGAAGUGACUAUUUUGUUCUUUUCCCCACUCAUGUACGGCUGUGUGGAUUUAGUGUAGACGUUUUGCUUGUGCCACACAUCUCGACCCAGCUUAGAAAACAAUUUUUUGAAAGGUAUGUGUGUUGGAGCGGACUAGUGUUUGUAUAGUAAAGAGGACCAAUUGUGGUGGCUAUGGUGAAAGUUCAGUUGGUUGAACCGGGACCCUAGUCGAGCUGAGACGAGUGGGGUGAAUCUAAAGUAAACCUGUGAUGUACGGUAGCGAAGUAAAAGGCUUGUUUGAUCAGUGAGGAGUGAGUGUUUAACCAGAGCUGGAAGCUCGCCUGAUGCAACACAAAAGGACACGAAUACUUGGUAAAUUCUCAUUUUGAAUAGCAGAGGCAUACCACUCCAGUCUCCAAAACCCUUUUCUUUAUCGAGUGGGUUGCAACUGUAUUAACAGCGGUUUCCAUCACACCACCAUGGCCAGAAACAUGGCAGCCUUCAGUGGAACUAUCCAGGGAACUAUCUCUCAUUAUCCUGGGAUGACACUGAUAAUCUUCAUCGCGGCUUUAUCGUCUUGCUUUAACACUGCUUGGAGUUACCGAGAUGCUAAAUGUGAAAUCAUAACUGUUCCAAUGUGCCGUGAUAUUGGUUAUAAUAUGACCUACAUGCCAAACCAUUUUAACCAUGAUAACCAGGAGGAAGCAGGACUAGAAGUUCAUCAGUUUUAUCCUCUUGUCGAGAUCCAGUGUUCCCCAGAUCUGAAAUUCUUCCUCUGCAGCAUGUACACUCCGAUCUGCUUGACGGACUACCACAAACCUCUGAUGGCGUGUCGGUCGGUCUGUGAGAGAGCGAAAGCCGGUUGUGCUCCGUUGAUGCGCCAGUACGGGUUCGCUUGGCCGGAUCGCAUGCAAUGUGAGAACCUUCCAGAGUUUGGCGAUCCCGAUAAUUUGUGCAUGGAUUCGAACCACACUAAUUCUGGAACAAGUGCGCCGACCAACCCACCCAUGACACGACCAGGAGGCCAUCGACCUCACCCUCCAACCAGAAAACCAUGUGACUGUUCUUGUCGCGAACCUUUAAUACCCGUCCCCGAAACCCACCCAUACUACAAUCGCGUUUCGACUGGUGAGAUCUCCAAUUGUGCAACUCCUUGUAAAAGUGCCUUUUUCUCAGAGGACGAACACACCUUUGCGACAUUUUGGAUCGGGUUAUGGUCCAUUUUGUGUUUCGUGUCGACACUCAUGACUGUCGCGACAUUCCUGAUCGACAUGGGAAGAUUUAAAUACCCUGAACGUCCUAUCAUUUUCCUCAGUGCCUGCUACUUCAUGGUCUCACUUGGCUUCAUCAUCCGACUCAUCGUCGGGCACGACGAGGUCGCUUGUUCAGGCCAAUAUGUCCGCGUAGGAUCGACGGGUCCAGCUCUCUGCACCAUCGUCUUUCUCCUCAUCUAUUUCUUCAGUAUGGCGAGCUCAAUAUGGUGGGUUAUUCUCGCGUUUACAUGGUUCCUAGCCGCCGGGAUGAAAUGGGGCAGUGAGGCAAUCUCAAGCUACUCUCAAUACUUUCACCUUGCUGCCUGGCUGCUUCCCAGUAUCCAAUCCAUCGCAGUACUUGCCCUCAGUUCAGUUGAUGGCGAUCCCAUUGCAGGAAUCUGCUAUGUAGGUAACCAUGAUCUCACCAAACUCCGCGGGUUUGUACUUGCACCUCUCUUCAUGUACCUCAUCGUCGGAUGUUCCUUCCUCCUCGCUGGAUUCGUCUCGCUUUUCCGCAUCAGGAACGUAAUCAAGCAAGGAGGACGCAAGACGGACAAGCUUGAAAAACUCAUGAUCAGAAUCGGUAUUUUCUCCGUCCUUUACACCGUGCCUGCUACCAUUGUGGUUGCUAUCUACAUCUACGAGCAGCAUUCGAGGCCCGACUGGGAGCGGGGCGUCACAUGCCCUUGUCUCGCAGAACAUUUACCAAAACCAGAAUACUCAGUAUUUAUGCUCAAAUAUUUUAUGUGCCUUGUUGUUGGUAUCACAUCGGGGGUGUGGAUAUGGACCGGGAAGACGCUCAGUUCGUGGCGAGGUUUUAUCAACAGGUUACUUGGAAGAAAGGCAAAUCCAAACAGAGAAAGAACUUUCAAUUGCAAACCAGUGAUUCUGAAGAGUUUACCAAACGCACAGGUGUGAUUUCAUAUAACCUUCAAUCAAAACUAUUCAUUAAAGUACAACACAGGGACAAAAUAAAUGAUUGGAAUCAAUCUUUGCCGGUGUGUAAACACAGAAAUGUCGAAUGACUCUGUGUUUUCUUUCUACAAUUUGAAGGACUGUUUAAGAGGAUUUGAUGAUGCCUUUUUAAAAAUCAGAUUAUACAUGCACUCAUUUCGGUUUCCUUCCCAAGUCAUUAACUAUUUUAUUGAGAAUAAACACGAAUCUUUAACAUUUUUAGUCAAAAGGCAUUUGAAUUAAAUGUGUAAACUGCGAGAAGUAUUUUCUGGAUGUAUACAGAAAAAGAUAAAUUAUUAUUGCCGUUUGUAAAAUUCAGUUCGAUCGGACCACUUUACACAAUAUACUAAAUACAUUGUCAUUAUUUAUAAAGACAUAUUUUUGUAGUCUGAAUUCACUUUUUCUUUAAUUGGCUCACUCUAAAGAACGGACAAAAUAAGUAAAAUAUUAAACUGCGUUUUGUUAUUUCGCGAUACCAUAUCGAUUACCUUGCUCGUACCAUCACAAUACCUUGAAAUUUGUCUUUGAAACAAAAGCGGUGUUGAUUUUAUAUUUUCAUAUUGAUCCAUCUUCAGUCUUGCGUGGCCAUUGUGUUCGGGGUAAAGAAAGAUUGAUUAGUUGUUAUCUUGCCACUAUUUUGUAACAUCUCUCUUGGUCCUCUUAGCUUAAAAAGAGAGGUUCAAGUAUGUCCUUCACAAUGAACAAUGUUUCUAUUUUCACAGUACAUGUGAUGAUGGAAUUUGGUUGCUAUAUUGUUUGGUGUUGUCUUUUUUGUUGAUGAUCGUCUAUUUAUGAUAUUUUUGUCGUGCACUCAAUGACCCAAACGGCAAACAACGCCUUACUAUUCGAAAGAAACUGUAUGUCUUCUGUAAUACUAGAUAACAAGACAUGUUUGAAUACCAUCAAACACAUUUCUUAGGAACGUACAUAUCUCAGACCUGUAUGCUGACAUACCGAGUUCAAAGGAAUAAUAUUACAUAUGCUUCAGUCAAAAUGCAACUGAAAGUGUCGAAAGGUAGAUAUACGUUUAUUCAAUAAUUGACAUGGAAACUUUUAUUGAUUCUGUAUCAAUUUAUUCAGUUGUUAAGAAAAUCAUAUAUAAGAUGAAGGCUGGGGGUAAAAAAAAAUUGGUGUACUUUUCUUUAAGAAAGUUGCAGGUUGUGUAUAACACCAGCAAAUCCCAUGUUUGUGAACCUGUUUUAAUGUAAAGCAUUAUGGCGAAGUCUGUCCUUAUUACUAUAUCAAAACAUUGACCUAUACCUCGAUAAAUGCUUUCGAAUAUUAAUUGACAUAUAUAAUAAUUUUAUGAAAAAUCGUGAUUACAAGUUUGGAAGCAUUUUCAACGAUGAAAGAGUCCGUUGCAUUCUAUUUUCACUGUGGACCGCCAUUGACUGGUGCUCCCCUUUUCUUCGUGUUUUGUUUAAUUUGGAUCCCUAUGCUAAUACAGGAGUAGAAUACCACGGUACCGAGUACCCUUUACUAUAAUAACCGUCACUAGCGGCCAUAUCUUACUUGAGAGUUUGCUUUUCUCGUUCCUUUAGUCACAUAAGUAAAAAUCAAACAUGCUACUUAGUGAGCACCAUGUCCAGCAUCUUGGCACUUAAACAGCCGAUACAGAUCAAAUAAAUGUUACAUCACGGGGUCAACAUUAAAAACCUGAGACGCAAACACAACCCCCUUUCUCCUCUGAUACCAGCAUUUGUUUGCUACCAUCACUUUUCAUUGUUUGAGAUGCUCUAAGUUAAUCUAGAUUGUCAACAAAAUGGCUUUCUCCCUUUUAUUUCAUAGCAUGUUUUCCCCCCGACCCGGACAGAGAAAUUAGGAGGAUAUAAGUAACGAUAUUGCGCCCCUGUAGCUUGUGUAAAUGUCCUUUUUAAAAUUUAAUAUGAGGCUUUAAAUUCUAAUUUGAAAUGGACAUAAUUCGAAUGAAUAUCUAAAAAGUCACUUUUAUUAUUAGAUAAUGUUUCUAAACAAUCAUUUAUGUCUGGUAUGAUAUAAUGUUUGUGGAUGUUCAGUACCAAACUCCCUAUUGGUUUGGUUUGCUCCUUUCAAAUCAUAAGAAAAUAAUAUACCAUCAUAUUCGGUGAAAUUAUCACUCAAAGGGUAAUACUAACUUUGUUAUGUAUAACUUUGCACUGACCAAGCUAUCCAAAAUAUACUAGACUUUUACAGGUGGAAACUUACUUAAAUGUAAAACAUUGUAGUUAUCUUUGAGGUGUUUGACCAUAACCAUGAUACAAAUGUAAUAUUUCUGUCCAGAAGAAAGUCCAUUAAUAAUAGGUGUUCUUGUUCAGAAAAGAGGAGAGGGUUACGAUAUAUCCCGUCAAUUUUUAUUUUGAAAACGAUGAAUUCCAUGGAAUGUAUCGAUUUGAUUCAUCAGAAACCCCUACUUCCGAUAUUUAAUGACAUUUGAUAUUCCAUUUUAUUGUUCAUGUUGAUGUUUUUUUUAUGUUGAUGAUACUUUAUGUUUGUUUUUCAUGAAACGACUGAUUAAACAGCCAGAUGCAUAUUGCACAAAUUAAA